AUGAACUGUAGGCAGACACAAGACCCACGAGGCAAGCUUAAAAUGGCCACAGAACUGGAGAUACUGCAACCACGACCAGACCUCAGAACCCAGGAGUGGCUUAAAUCAUUGAAUGACAGAUUUUAUGCGAUCUGUCUGAGAUUUUGGCGCCGACUGCGCGACCAAUCCCGGAAGUCUCCAUCUCCUGCUGAUCUGACACCCCACACCGAUAGCCUGGAUGUCUCUCCUCCACCCAGGCCGGGGGCCAACUUGGAGCAUAGCCAACACCUGAUUACACCUCCAGCCAAACAGAAAAGCGGUGCUGCUGUCCUCAACAACCUCUCCUCUUCCGAGCAUGGGGGCCCAUCCGGAGGUAACCCCUCACUGCCGUCCACACACCCAGAAGGCCGUUUGAAUUCUGGAACACCCAUGUCCCACGAUCCUAAUGACAGGAUCAAUGGACCUAAGGCUCGGGCUCCCCCUUAG